AUGUCUUCUCGGUUAUCUUUUCAUAAUUGUUGGCUUCCCCGGACAGUAUUUUUUCAACGAAUUUUUUCAUGUUCAACUUUUUCAACAAAACCAGUGUCAAAUAAUGCAUCAUCUCAUCGAUCAACUUCACAUUUUUCACUUAAAAUUGCUCGAUUUCUAUUUUUAAAACGUCGUAUUAAAUAUGAUGCAUCGAAAACAACCAUCACUCAAACACAUACUGAUACUCAUGAUUCAAAAAUUGAAUCAAAUCAACAUAUGCAUUUAUUAGCACGAAGUUUUCUAUUUUCACUUGAACCAGAACAGUUAAGGAUUCUUCAUGAUGAAUUAAUUUAUGUGGAAAAAUUAUCAACAACAACGACUACUCCAAUUACAAUACCCCCUUCACAACUUGCUGUUGUCUUUCUUGAAACUGGUCUUCCGUAUAUUGGUUUUGGUUUUGUCGAUAAUUUUGUUAUGCUGGUUGCGGGAGAAACUAUUGAAACAUUUUUUGGUGCUGCUUUUUGUCUUUCUACAAUGGCAGCUGCUGGUUUUGGAAAUGCUGUGAGUGAUGUUAUGGGUAUUGGUCUUGCAGAUCGUAUCGAGCGAACAUGUGGACGAUUUUUAGCUUUAUUCGGAAUUGAUUUACCGAAAUUGACUAAAGCUCAAUGGGAAUUACAAAGCGUGCAUGUGACACAAUUGUUGGCGAAAGUCAUCUGUAUUUUUUGCGGAUGUAUAUUAGGGAUGUGGCCAUUACUUCUUCGUGAUACUUCUGCAAAUAAAACUAAAUCAAUAGAAAAAAAACAGGAUUAA